ACCCCUCGGCCCCCCUCCAGGAGACGGUCGGAGCCCAGGCCAUGCCGGGAGUGCGCAGAUACGAGGUGGCGCUGGAGUCGGAGGAGGAGGGACCCACAAACUAACGCAGGCAUCUUCCAGCUCCUCUGCAUGUAGCUGGUCCAGGCCAAGACCUCUCCUCAGCCAGAAGAGCCUGUUGGGGACCCAUCCCCAACACUCUCCCGAUAAGACAAGCAGGCCGGGGCAGGAAGGCAGGUCAGUCCCGGCCUGUCCUCGGUCUCCACCCAAGCGCAACUCCUGUGUCAAGAGCGCGUGUGCUGACAUGGCUCCGUGCUUGGAUGGUUGUGGAAACACAACUCUGUGGGAGUGGGACUUUGAAUAUAAUCAGAACUGUAUGACUUCUGCCCAUGAUGGUCCAAUCCUGGGUGUGACUGCUUGUUCAUGUGACUGGAUGUGUGGCUAUGGGAAUAUGAAUUGGAAUGUCUACUAUUAGAUGUUACUGCGGCUCCUUAGCUGUUGUUAGUCACUGUACCAUGUACUACCCUCUCCCCUGCUUCUCUGAUGAGGGCUCAAGAGCCCAUUAGCAAUGAUAGUCCUAGAAGAAAGGGUCCAUGGCAACAGGCAAAUCAAAGCUCAGGAAUGUCACAAGAUAAGCAGUACACCUCCACCUGUCUGUGACUCACCUGACGCCCCAGGUAAAAUGCAUGUAGAUAAAAGGUAUGGGAGAAGGAGCAGAGAGAACGAGCAUCCCAGCUGAGAAGCAUGAAGGGACUCUUCUCACCCCCCAGCAUCCUCGCGCUGCUGCUGCUACUCCUGAGCCCAGACCCUGGAGCAGCAAUGCUACUGCCGCGCAGCACUACCUGCUGUACUCAGCUCUACAGACAGCCACUCCCCAACAAGAUACUGAGGAAGGUCAUCCGGAUAGAACUGCAGGAGGCCGAUGGGGACUGUCACCUCCAGGCUUUUGUGCUUCACCUGGCUCGACGCAGUGUCUGCAUCCAUCCCCAGAAUCGCAGCCUGGCUCGGUGGUUUGAGCGCCAAGGGAAAAGGUUCCAGGGGACUCUGCCCAACCUGCAUCUGGGGCUGUAAGGAGAAACAGUCUGCAGCUGCCAACGCCCAAAACAAUAAAGCAUCACUGGACGAUCUCA